UACAUACGUGAAACUCAGCCUCUUCAAACGAGAACUCUCUGUAGAAGCGCUAUGAAAGUCCAGGUCUGUCUCCUCGUCCUUGUAGCCUGCGUGGCUCAUUCUUCUGCCUUCUAUGGUCGGCGACCAGCGAGGACAACGAGGGACCCAUGGCCUGCAGAGACGCCUACAACGCGUCGCUCCACCACCACGACCCCCCCGACAACCACCACCCCGGAAACGCCCCGUGGCCGCGAGCUCUGUCGCGAUCUCAGUGCCAACGGUGACUGCACGUUCUAUGUGUGCUUCUUUAACACCCAGCAGGUGUGCAGAUUGGGCGACUCUCCAGCAUUCGAGGCCCUCGCCUCUGUGUGUAUCCAAUCCGAGGAAGUCCAGGAUCAGAACCAGUUUGAUUUCAGGGGCAACAGGUACAUCUUAAACUACCGGAAGUGCACCCAGAAGCGCCUCCUACAGGUGGUUGACAGCCGCAGGUGCUCUCAGAUUGACGCUAAGGCUGAAGAGAUCCUUCUCACUGAGGACAUCAUCUGGGAUUGUUUGUACCAGAACCACACCCUUUGUGACGUCAUCGAGAACAGCGACAACUCUGUUGGCCUCGCCUCCAUCUUCCAGAAUAUUAUGUCCUACGAGGAAUACAACAUGAAGAUCUUCCAACACCUGCUUCGUCGCGUCAACAGCCAAUGUGGAGCAACUGCCGGUCGACUCUUCUCCAACGACUUCGGCCAGACAUACCUCAGUAACAUGCAGAGCAUGAUGCCCGGCAUGAUGAUGAGUGGUAAUGGCGGCGACAGGAAGUAGAGUUGACACUUCCGGUACCAGAGGAGAACGCUUUUUCAGAUAAAUAAAGGGUGUUUAAGGUA